AUGGUACGCGUGUGCAGAGUGGUUCCCAAAGAGUGAGCAAUUUUUUUCUUCUUUAUUUUUUUCAUAUAUCUAAUUUUUUUGUGCUAUUGGUUUUGUUCGACGGUCGUCAUUAGAUGUCUUUUUGAAUCUUUAUGUUUCGAACACGGAUUUUUUUGUCACGUUUAAUGGAAAAAUAUAUCAAUUUUUCUAAUUAAACUGAAAAAUUUUCAAAAAGAUUACUUUUUUUCCUAAUGUCAUAAUCCAAUGACGGUCGUUUCAUUUACCUCAUGGAUCUUCGUCAUCUCGUGAUUUUAUGCAAAUGAGAUCUUUCCAUUUUUUUCUUUUUUUCUGAUAUCCGUUUUUUUAUUCGAAUUUAUUCUUUACAAUAUUAAACAUGUGCGAGUGAGGCGGUUAACUGCCCAGCACGGUUUCUUUCCUUCAUAAUAAUUUAAAUAAUACUCCUUGUACGUUGAAUAUUUUUUAGUUUGAUGAGAAAUUGUUUAGUUGGACCCGCUUCUCGCCGAUCGGCAACGUUAUUCCUCGGACGCGGUUUAUCGUGUUCAAGACGCCUUUGAAUGAACGUCUGGGUCAGAGGGUUCCGGCAGAGUGCCGAUUUACCGUUAAUGACUUGUUUAGAAAGGUGAAUAUUGAGCGUUUAUGUGGCGUUUCAAGUCUUUUUUUUGUAGUUUUGAAAUUUCUCUUCUUGUUCAACUAAAACUUCUAGUAAGCGUUCUCAGGGGUUAAGGGGUUAAAAGGUGCAAAAGUUUAAAACUUGUGUUCCGAGUUCAGAUUAAUUUCACGCGUCUCUCGUUGGGAAUGAUCCCGCGAAAUACGCGAAAUUAUAUUUCGUAUGUAAAAAUAUUGGGCUCCUGAAACGAGAUGGCGACUUUUACACUCGAAACUUCAAUUUAUAAACAUAUUUGGGCAUUUAUAAACAAUAUUUUGGUUUUUUCCGUGAAGGUCGCCAUUUGAUUUUCUAAUAAAGAUUUCAAAAAUGACAAUUUUGCGCAUUUCGCUUCGUAGUUUCGAACGAAAAGCGUCUGAUUCGAAAUCAAUUUGAACGCGGCAUAAUCUGCACUUGAAAAUUGAAGCAAAAAUUGAAAAUUUAUUUUAUCCUUUUUUUUAAUUUUUUACGGCGGAGUUUUGUUUUCAAUCUCUUCGUUUUAGACUAUUAGUAGUUUUUGAACUGAUUGGCUAGACAUCCGUGAGUUUGGUCAGUGAAAAACAUUUAGGAUUUUGGUUUUUGAAAAUUUUAAUCGCUAAAUUUGAUAUUUCUUGAAGGACUGUGAUUUUUUACAUAAUUUUUUCAUUUCUCCUUUUUUCAAAUUCAAUUUCUGCAGCUCGCCGAACGAAACCAAAGACUUGGGCUCGUUGUGGACCUGACGGAUACCGACAGAUAUUAUGACAAGAGAGAUAUCACCGGAAUGCUUAUCGAAUACGAGAAAGUCAACUGUCCGGGCAGAGGGUUUGCUUUAGGGAAUUUUGAAAUAAAAUAACAUAUUUUUGCAGAUUCAUUGAGCGAGACGAAUGCGUCGAAUCCUUCAACCAAGCCAUCCAAGAACUAUAUCGAAAAUUGUGCGGAUGAAGGUGGGAAUUGAGAAUUUAUGUUUAUUUGCUACUGAAAGCUCAUUUGAAGAGAAAUUUCGUAAUUUUUGCUAUUUCAGACGCCUUGAUUGGUAUUCAUUGCACGAACGGAAUCAAUCGGAGCGGCUAUUUAAUUUGCCGAUUUCUGAUUGAAAACCUUGGAUGGAGCUCCCAUGAAGCCCUUGAAGGUUUGUUUUGAAUUAUCUGUUUGUACUUAGCAGCUGACUCCGCCCCUCGGCUACAGUAUCUCUCGUGUCGAUGUUUCGAGGAUCCUUUAAUAACCAUGCAUUUUUUGACUUUUUCAAGCUGUUAUAUCAAAAAGUCGAGAAAUUUAGCGCUACAGUAUCUUCGCGUCGAAAUAUGAUUUCGCAUAACGAUAAUCCUUUAAUAGCGCUGCACCUUUUACUUUUCUCAAGCUAAUAGUUCAAAAAAUAUAGCGCUAUUAAAGGAACAUCGUGACCCGCGAUUUGAAAAACUCGACACGAAAAUGUACUAUAUCCAAAGGGGCAAGGUUAACUACUUGACAUUAAAAAUCACUGUCCGUUCAGAAAAUCCUUGUGGAGGUUUUUAAAAGCGCAUAGAAUUAUUUUGAAAAGUAUUGAGGGAAAGAGCCGAUUUCAGCGUAAAUAUGAGUUCUUUUAACACUUUACAGUAGAUCAUUUCAUUCUUUCGGUUACCCUAACGAUCAUUGAUGUACCUGUGAAGGUCUUGAAAGUACCUAAACUGCAAAACUUAUUAGCUUCCAAGGAACAAGUUAUCAAAGGUCCUAAUUGGUUUAUUUUUGCAUAUUUUGAGGGUUUUCUUUGAGUAUGAGGUGUACGUCCUUGAAAAAUGAAGAUUUUUGAAGGGCGAUACUUCUAGGAGUGUUCUGGCCAUUAUUCAGGAAAUUCUUAACCACGAAAUAAAAGUAUCUUUCUUGAUCAUUGUUUUUCAACAUUCAAUCUAUAACUUUCAGCUUUCGAGCAAGCCCGAGGUUAUCCGAUAGAAAAAGGCGCCUACGUGAUGGCCUUGCACAAGGCCGCCAAGGAUGUCCGGAAUCGAAAGUGAGGCGGAAAAAAUGAUUCUAUUUUUUGUUGUAUCUGUAUCUGGAGAGUGUAUUCAAAUUAGUAUUCGGAGAAAUUUCGCGAAAUCCGGUCUUAGAUAGAGAAUUUUUUUGAGUCCGCCUUUUUUUAAAAAUAAGUUUUAUUUUUAGAUCGUUUUUUUCGGAUUUUCUCUGUUGCCGUGUUUAAAAUAGCUCCUCCGAAAUUUAAAAUUAUCUCUGAGUCUCCAAAAUUUAGUUAUAUUUUUAUCGCUCUGACGGCUAUUUUGAAUUUUGCGGUUUUGAACAUGAAACUACUUUUUUCGAAUUAUAUUGCGUUAAGGAAAACAAAACCUAAUUUCAAGCCAUUCGCAUCUGCAGAAUCGACUCGGACAGCGACUCAUCGGAUCGGCGAAGGAAAUCCAAGAAGAGCAAAAGAAAGCACCGCGAUAUGGAGGACAGUGUUGGCGAGAUGCCAACCGACGCCUUAAGUGGCUUCUUGGAAGUUUUGGGUCAACAGGUAUUUUGUCAAAAAGGAUCUCCAAAAAUCAACCGGUAGUAUGAUAGGCUUCUCAACUGGGCGCAGUUUCGUCACCGUACAAUUACCCGUCGGCGAAUGUUUCCAUCAAUGGAAGUUAUUCCGAAGACGUCACCGUUCAGCAGCAACAGCACUGGGCCUAUGUCAAUAAGGUUCGUUUUAAAAUCAAAAAAAAUGAAUAUUUACCAGGUGUUAGAAAAAAAAAAUACUUACCUUCAUGGGAUGUGGCUGUGCAACACUCUAACUAAGGAACUUUUUUUUAAGACGUUUUAAAAGCUUGAAAUAGCGCUUUCUUUGUCACAUUUUGUGUAUUUCGCGGACUUUGAAGCUUUAUACCUUUAUAAAAAAAAGUAAAAAACGUUUCCUUGUAAGAUUGGGCAAGAAAAAGUGGAAAAUUAGAGCUUUUAGGAGCUUUUUCAGUGGAUUUUUGUUUUUUUUGUAAAACUAGGAAACGGAGGCUUAUCGAUUUUUUUGACUACAGAAGAAAGAAGAUAAAGAAAAAAAUCUUUAUGUGAACUCUUUUGAAGAAAAAUAUUCGAGUUUGAGUUUCAAAUUUUUUCUAAAAUAAGCCAUGUGCAAUUUUGAACUUUGACAUCGAUACUUAUAAUCUAUCACCAGAAGAUAAGAAAAAAAAGAAAAAGUAGGAAAAUUUGCUACAAUUCGACAAGCUUUUUACAUACUCUGACCUUGGAAAAAUGGUGAAUUUGAACCAUACAUCGGCUGAAUCUCAGCCCAGCCUUUUGCGGGCGAUUUCGGGUGAAAGGCAGCAUCCCGGGGCCACCCGUCGUAUAGAUAACAUAUUUUGAAGUUUUCUUUCUUUCUAAUUCCAUUUUUGCAGAAGUCAAAGUACCAGUCAACGACCGCGGCAGCUGUUCGACAACAGACCGUUAAACAGAUCGGAACGCCGGGAUCAAACUCGGCAUCGCCACAGGAAAGCCCCUACGUUGAGGACGAGGAGGGCGACGACGGCGAAGAGGUCAAUAUUCUCUUUACAUCAAAACUGUAUUUGAAUAGUUUAUUCUAUUGAAUUCUAUACCCAAUUUCUCCAGGAAGAUAGGUCGGCUCACGAAGAUUUACCUAAAUAACGAGUAAAAAAUUUUUUUUUAAUAGUUCUUGGUCGCCUUUUAAAAUGAGUUAGAAUAUGGUUUUCUUAAGUUUUCUUACUUUAACGAACUGUUUUCAUGAUAAAUUUCACUCAAAACUGGAUUUCAAGACUGAAAAACCAUUCACAUAGGUUUCUAGUUUCGAAGGAAAAAUGAAUAGAAUUUGUGUGAAAUUGAAAUUUUCGACAGUUAGAUAUAGUCUAUUCCGCGCCAGCUUGUCACGUUUUUGUUCCCGCCAAAAAGACCGGAUACCAAAUUAGAUCAAAUUUCUGCUUUUAUAACGGCAAGAAACAAAGGUCUUGAAGCGAAAGUUGGUCAAAUUUGACCUGGCCAUUUGGCGGAAAGGAAAACGUGAUAAGCUGGCUCGGAAUGGCCUAUAGGAACCAUUGCGGAUCUUUAUUUUAUUUUUUCAUGGUCUAUUCGUAAAUUUUACCUUCUUCAGUUCAAUACCGCCAAUAUUUGCAGGAAUACGAGAUGGUGGAAGGUCAGACGACGGCGGCGAAGAGAAGGAAAAGACGCCAUCGGAUGGCGAAAAUGCUGGCCGUGAUGAAGCGCGGAAACUUUCACGAAAUCCAAGAAAUGCAGGCCCAAUUCGCCGGAACCCACGGAGCCCUUGCCAAAUGA